AUGCCGAUCCAUCAAGCUUUAUUUGUCGCCUCAUUUGUGAUGGCCAUCUUCACCUACCCAUUGUGCUUUGUUUCAAAGCACUCAUUUUCAAUAAUCUCUGAUAUUAUUCUCAUAAUUUAUUAUACCAUAUAUUCAUUGGCUCAUAGAAUUCCAAAAGAACGACUUCGCUGGUUUUUGGUGAUCGAGUUUCUAAUUUUCGCAUUGCUCUCAUUCAUGGUGACAACAGUUUUGAUCAAUCAGAAAGGAGCAAGGAUUGAAUAUAAUGAUAAGAUCAUACUUUUCAUCAACUAUACAGGUUUGAUACUCCACAUAUUUGCGUUUAGCUCUCAAAUUAUCAAGGAUGACAGGAAGAUCGAUGAUUGUCCUGGAACACCAGUUCCCAUUUCCAUGUCCCAAAUUUUUAACAUCUCUUAA